UUCAAUAUAUACAGGUCAGUUUCUCUGUCUAAGGAGUAUGAUUUUGUUGUUUUGUUGUAGUUUUUGGUAACAUAACAGCUUCUGUAAUUAAAGUUUGUUAACUGCAACAAACAUGUAUUCCCCAAACAAUAACAUUCAUACUAAACAUGUGGCUAUGAGGCUCUUGUAUCACUAGACUGCCAGCCUUAAUAAGGUUGUAGCUGAAAAGAUUUAUUGACUUUUUCCCUCUUUCAUAUCCUUAUCCACAGAAAGUGGCAUGUAAAAAAUCAAAGCCAAUUUAAGCUCUCCAAUAGUUCAAAAUCACUUGAUCAAUGUACAAAGUUGCCUCAAUUUAGGAUGACAGCAUAUUUUAAAUAAUCUAGUAUACAAUUACAAACUAUUUAACCUUUAAAUAAAUUACCACAUAUAUACUCUUAAUCUUAAAAAAAAAAAGCCACCUGUAAAACAAGACAGCUGGCAAUACUCAAAGCAUGGAUUCAACAUUGAAAAUUUAUUGAUAGAAUUAUGGCUGAUAUGCAUGGUGAUGUUUAUGUUUAUUACAAAUUAACAAAAUAGAAGCAAAUUAACAUUUCUACAGUAUUUGAAAUGUUCUUUCCAGAUUUAAUCAGUACUUGCAAUAUCACAUUUAAAACUGAAAGUGUUUUAUUAAUUAAUAUCAAUUAAGUGUUCCCCUGCAAAGUUCUAUUGUUAACAUACUUGUUUUUUAUAUAGUGAAAUGAAAAAGUCCAAUAGAGGUGAAAAAUUUACAUAUUUUACAACACAAUUUUUUAUAGAUUUGAAAAGCAGCUCUUUAUUUUCACAUGACUUCUUCAAUUUACAAUAAAUUAUAUUAGGUUUCAAAGAAGGUAUAUUCAUGGUAUUUAAUGCUUCAGUAUGCAAAAAUGAUAGCUAUAGUUAAGUAGAAGUAAAGAUGUGUUGAGCCAAUGCGCUACACUAGUUUUUAUGAAUGUUUUAUGAAAUAGUUAAUUAGAUAUAAAAUGUAGCCAUUAUAUAUAAAAUAUAGCAAAAUAUUUACAUCAAUGAAGUAUGAUUCCCUCUGUUUCUUACAAAAAUAGAUUGUUAUUCAUAGCUCAAUAGAAACUGACAGGACUAAAAACUGCAUGAUUCAUUAAUUAAGUAAAUCUACUUGGCCAAAGGAUUUCGCGAGUUUUGAGCUCCUAUCACAAUUGGCGCACAGGCACUUUUCAACACUUUGCAAUUGGAAUAUUUUGGCUUCACAUGAGCUAUAGCAUUCUUUGCGUGAGCUUCCGCAUUCGAGAUCAAGUCUCCUUAAAAUAAUGGACAUGCAUACUAUUCAAACUGUAUUCAAAUUAUUGCAAUGCACAAACAUUAGUACAAACUUUUUACAACGUUUUGUGCACCUGUACUCACAAGAGCGAUGCACAAUUUUCAAAGAUUGUAAGAUAACUAGUAUAUACAUGUACUGGAUAAAGGGUUAUUUUCGCCCCAUGAUAUUUUCGCUUCUACUUACGGUUUUCCCUCAUCUUGAAUUCGCUCCAACAAUGUUAUGGUAAAAGAGAGACAAUAUGAGACAAUGGAUUUUGCCAAGUCUUAAUCUGCUAACUGACAAAAAGAAUGAAAUGAGCAAAAGUAAACAUAGUUCUUUUCUACAGUAUCAGCAUAUCUGUUUCAGGCCACAAUUGACCUUGAUUUUGGCUGUUGCUUUUGUCAUCUUCUUGGGCAGUAUCUUCUCUUGGUUUCAACUAUUUUUACUGAAGAACAUCGGAAAUGGGCAGUAUGUAUACCCCUCUGACUCCUUCGAGCAUUCGUACAAUGGAACGCAUGAUCGGACGAGCACCACUAGUUCUAUCGCAUUGGCGCACGUUCAUGCAGUAGUCCGAUCAACUGGUCUUCCAUGCGAUUAUAUCGCUUUAUCUUACAACACCCGCUUUUAUUGUACAACAGUUGAAUAUAGCUGCAAGAUAUAUUGCAAGAUUCAAUGUGUUUACAUCGCACAACAAUCGCUCUGAAUCGUGCGAGUUUUGUACAAGUACUUUUUCAUAUGGUAUUAUUUUGGCAACAGUUUUUGAGCCAUAUCUACUUUUUUGGUCGCAUGAAUAUUUUGUCCCUUCUGCUUGUGCAACAACUCUGAAUGGGGCUUUAAAAUAACCAUGUCAAUGAUUCAGUUCCCAAUGAUUAGUAUUGAAAACUACAUCAUUGUUCAGUGACCUUCAUGAGUUCUCUUUUGUGUGAGGACACUAUAAAUCAAUACACAGGAACCUCAAAAAUGGUUCUCCAAUAAAUACAUGUAUGUAAGAGGGCAUUUAUAACACCACAAACAAAUAUGAUCUAUUUAAACAUCUUACAUAAACAGAAUUGAUCGCUACCACAAUUCUAUUUUGAUCAAUCAUGAAAGAGUAUGGGAACACUUACCAUGAACAUGCCUAAUUACAGGUAGGAGUUAAUACUUUACUAAAGCAGAAGUAUGCAACUGGAGAGACUUCAUGAAUUAUUCUUCAUAAUAUUAUGAGACUCUAUUGGUAUCGGUCUAUUUGCAAAAUCACACUUUGAAGGUUCAAUAUGCACUGUACAGAGUGUUAACUAGAAAUUCAUUCAGUGUUGAUUAUUGGAACUUCUAGAUGAAAGAAAAAGUGAUAGAAGAAAAGAGUGAUGGUACCAGACAUCAUCGGCGAUAUCAAGCCCACGACAGACGCGCCAUGAAGAACAUUAGAUAUCACAAGGUUCCAGCCUUUUCAUCUGGGCCAGAUCGGGAUAUUCUGAAUUAUGCAUAUGGCUCGGAGACCAACCUAGAAAGAGUGAGAGUUGAGUUUUUCACAAAUGAGAAAUCUCUGAAAGAGAGACUACAGCUUUACUUCAUCAAAAACCAGAGAUCAAGUCUGAGGAUACGUAUAUUUAACUUUGCCAUUAAGCUGUUAACAUGCAUCCUGUACAUAGUGAGGGUCAUGUCAGACUCUGUCCCUUCAGAAUGUUCAGAGCAGCAGAUUCAAGCUCAAAACACAUCAUCUUGUCACGUGACCCUUGACCCAGAUGUUUUCAAAGAAAACAAGGUCAUCAAAUGGGAGAACAUUAUCUGGGUCAACAGAUCCUUUGGUCUCUGGAUUGCUCAAGUCACAGUAGCCAUUAUAAGUCUAAUGGAGACUGUUCUCAUACAGUACCUUAGUUAUAAGGGAAACAUUUUACAGCAGAUUCUGUCUGUGGAAUUCCUGUUGGAGCUUGUCAACACUGUUCCUUUUGUUGUAACUAUAUUCUGGCCUCCCCUCCGACAGCUCUUUAUUCCUGUAUUUUUCAACAUAUGGCUAGCCAAGCAAGCGUUGGAAGAUAUGUUUAAUGAUUUACACCGAGUAAUGAUGAAAUCUCAGUCUGCCUUGUCUCAACAAAUCAUGAUCCUCAUAGCUACCAUUGUCUGUUUGGUCAUUACCAGUAUGUGUGGGGUGCAGCACCUCCAGCGUGGGGGUAACCGACAGUUUGACCUGUUUGAGUCCCUAUGGUUCUCCAUGGUCACUUUCUCCACCGUCGGUUAUGGUGACAUAUACCCGGACAUCUGGAUCAGCCAGCUUUAUAUGCUUACCAUGAUAUUCGCUGCCCUUAUUGUGUUCCCAAGACAGCUUGAACACUUGGGGUACACCUGGCUGGAGAGACAGAGGCAGGGUGGGGCUUACAGUCACCACCGAGCUCAGACAGAGCGCCACGUGGUUGUUUGCACCACCACCCUACAGUCAGACACAGUGCUUGAUUUCCUCAAUGAAUUUUAUGCUCAUGCCAUUUUACAGGACUACUAUGUAGUUCUAUUGUCUCCAUGUGACCUUGACCCCACGAUGAAGGUCCUUCUCCAGGUCCCAAUUUGGGCUCAGAGAGUAAUCUACAUCAGAGGAUCAGCACUCAAAGACUCAGAUCUCACAAGAGCAAGGGUACAAGAUGCGGAGUCCUGCUUUAUUCUGGCAGCCAGGAAUUACGUGGAUAGAGGAGCCUCGGAUCAGCACACCAUUCUGAGAUCUUGGGCCAUCAAAGAUUUUGCACCUCACUGUCCUCAAUAUGUGCAGAUCUUUAGACCAGAAAACAAAUUCCAUGUCAAAUUUGCAGAGCAUGUGGUAUGUGAGGAUGAAUUUAAGUACGCCUUGCUGGCCAAUAACUGCCUGUGUCCAGCUACCUCUACCCUGGUCACUCUACUGCUCCACACCUCCAGGGGACAGGAAGGACAGCAAUCAUCAGAAGAGUGGCAGAGACUAUACGGGAAAUGUUCUGGAAAUGAAAUCUACCACAUCAAACUUGGGGAAAGCAAGUUCUUCAAGGAGUAUGAUGGCAAAAGCUUUACAUACGCAUCAUUUCAUGCUCAUAGAAGAUUUGGAGUCAGCUUGGUGGCCGUUCAGCAGAACAUGCAAGACUCAACCAUCCAGCUGAACCCAGGCCCCCGCCACAUCAUGAAGCAGUCAGACAUCUGCUUCUACAUGAACAUCACUAAGGAGGAGAACACCAGGACGUUUAACCUGAACCACCCCCAGGAGGGGGGACAGAAGCUGGACCAGCAGAGUCUCCCCACAGGUACCCAACAGGCCUCGAGAGUGGCCAGCAUGAUAGCCUCAGUGGGUGAAGGGUUUGAUGAUUUUGAUCCAGGCACAGUGGCUUUAGAACUACAACACACACGAGUGGCUACCUCUGACUCCAACAAGUCCUUGACCUCACCAUCAGAGGUCAAAAGGCCUUCUCAUCUUGAGCUUCCCAAAGGUCUCAAUAUUCAGAGUCUCCAAAAGAGACCCAGCAUUGCCCCAGUUCCUGCAUUCCUGGAGGCGAAUGACAUCCGGAUCCAGCUGAACUCGGAUGUUGAGACGGAUGAGGAAGAGGAAAUUCCAUCCAUGGACUCGGAUGAUGCUGGAUCUGAGUAUGUGCGAGGGUUUCCUCCUAUAACUCCAUACAUUGGUACCUCCCCGACUCUCUGUCACCUCAUGAAGGAGAAGAGACCUCAGUGCUGCCUGAAACUUGCCACAGAAUGUGAACAUUGCUUCCACAAGAAUGCCAAGGAAUACCAGUGGCCAAACAGGGCCAUUAUUGUGUGUGCUGACUAUGCCAGCAAUGGAUUGUAUAACUUUAUUGUGCCUCUCCGAUCCCAUGCUCGACCCAAGAGCUCCAUCAACCCCAUUGUCCUACUGUUAGAAAGAGAACCCGACUCCACAUUUCUUGAAACCAUAUGUCAUUUUCCAUUGGUCUACUGGAUGAUUGGAUCUAUAGAAUGUGAAGGCAGUCACAGUAUUGAUGAUUUGCUGCGAGCGGGUAUCAACCUUGCAGACAACAUAGUUAUAGUGAACAAGGAGUCGUCAAACUCUGCGGAGGAAGAUACACUAGCCGAUUGUAACACUAUAGUUGCUGUUCAGACCAUCUUCAGACUCUUUCCCAGUGCUAAUAUCAUCACCGAACUUUCUCAGACCUCCAACAUGCGCUUCAUGCAGUUUAGGGCCAAUGACUCUUAUGCUUAUACUCUUGCCAAACUUGAAAAGAAAGAGAGAACAAGGGGUUCUCACAUCAGCUACAUGUUCAGGCUGCCUUUUGCGGCCGGUAAUGUCUUCAGUGCCAGUAUGCUAGACACUCUACUUUACCAGGCUUACCUUAAAGAUUAUUUGAUAACAUUUGUGCGGCUUCUGUUGGGUGUAGAUCAGGCUGUUGGCUCAGGGCACCUGUCAUGUAUGAAAAUUACAAAGGAAGACCUAUGGAUACGAACCUAUGGUCGCCUUUAUCAGAAACUUUGCUCAACAACUUGUGAAAUUCCCAUAGGAAUUUACAGGACAACCAUUCAGCCGCGAAGUGCCUCGGCCAGUGCUGAAUCGAACAGUCACGGCAGCACUGCUCCACGAGAUCAGUCUGCUCUGAACCUUGCCUUUAGAAAUUCUGUUAUAAGAAGAAAGCCAAACCCUUCCCGAGCCAAGAGUGAAAAAGAUGUGAACCUAAGCAUGGUGGGAAUAGAGGUAGACAAUAACAACCAAAUGACCCCCGAGAGACACGAGAUCAGUCAGAUGGUCAAGUGUCGGAUGCACAGUCUGGGACAACCCAUGAACGACUACGGUAAGGGGAAAGAUGAGGUGAAUGACAAGAGGAACACCAUUUCUUAUGUCAUUGUCAACCCAAGCUAUGAUCAAAAGUUGCAACUGGAUGAUGUCAUCUAUUUAAUCAGGCCAAGCUCUUUGUCUCCACAACCUUCACCUCUGAUUGACGAGAGAAAAUUCCAUUCCAACCGGACCAUGACAAAACGAGAAGAACCCACAGGGGCAGAUAAUCCCGAUACAGAGUCUAAGUGUCCGAGAGACUGUUCCAAUACACACCCAGAGACUCAGAGAUUUGGUAAAGUCAAGAGUUUAUCUGCACUGGAAGAAAAACCAGACAUUUCAUGUGAUAUGAGGAAAAGCAGGACUUUUUCACCAGCUGAUUUGAGAGUGAUUCCAGACAAGUCAGGUGAAAGCAGUGAGAAUGACUGGGAGUCUGAUUACUGCCACUCAUUGGAGGAGAGUGAAGAACAACCAAGUUUUCACCUAGGUAACAAAACAACAGAUGAGAAUCCAUCCAGCCAGAAUGUUGCAGGAAUAAGUGGAACUAUUGUUUGAUUGGUUUACUUUGCCACCAGUUGAUCUAGUGUGCUAAUACAUGUAUACUGUUAUCCAAAAAGUACUUGUCUUUUCAAACUUGGACUCCAAGGAAGCUGAAGAUUGACCUACCAGUAUACAUAAAACAGUGAAUUAAAAAGAUACAUGUACAUGUAUUUGAAUUUUUAAGUGAAUACAAACAAAUGAAAAAAGUUUUUUUAAUAUUCACAACAUAGUUUAUAGUGGGUAAGGAGGAUUUUGUGAGAGAUUUUCGAAAAUGCUUAUCCAUAUGUUGUGUUUUACAUUUAAAGGGGUCCUUUUAUUUGCCUGUUUUUCAUUUGAUCUUAAUUUUUUUAUUUACCUAUAUACAGUUACUUUAUUUACCAGUACAAGUAAAGUUUUUUUGUUUAAUAGUACAGUUACGUGUCUAUUAAGUAGUACAGUACAUUAUUUACCUGUACAGUUACUUUGUUGACAGGUACAGUUACUUCAUUUACAUGUACAUUUACUGGUACUUUUUUUUUUACUUGUUCAGAUACUUUAUUAAUAUGUACUGUGACUUUAUUUACCUGCACAGUUUUACAUAUUGUCAAAAAAGCUACUGUUAAGAAAAUUUCCAUUUUAUUUAUCUACAUUUUUCUUUAAUACAUAUUUUAUUGGGAUAUUUUGUAAACUUUAUUUGAGACAGUGAUUUUUUGGCAUUGAUAGAUUAUACUAGUACUUGUACAUAUAUAUAUGACAUGUAUACUAACAUAAAAUGGAGUAAUUGUCUGUGACAUUUUAAUAUCAUAAUGAUUGGAACACACAUUAACCUUAAAGUAGGAUAUAGAUGUACAUAUAGUUUUGACAAUACAGUUGAACUUGGAUAUCUGGAACACUGAUAUCUCGAAUAUAUUUGAUAUGGCAAAGUGAUUUGUAAGUCCCGACUACUUAUUUUUUAAGUAUUUCAACCUCGAUAUCUCGAAUACUCUUAUAUAUCAAAGUAUUUUAACAGCCCCAUCUAGUUCGAGAUUACAAAGUUUGACUGUAUUAUACCUUGAAGAGAAUAACCUUUCUUACAAAUAUGAUUAAACAUUAUAUAUUCAAAUAACUGGAAAGGAUAUUUAUUAAAGUUCUUAGUUCUUACUUUACUGGAUAAAAAAGUUCAUGGUUAGGAAAUUAUUUGAAUUUUCAGGUUGAUCUGUUUCAGUUGUAUUUCAUUUAUUAUCCUACCUUUUUAAUCCUUUUAGUUAAUAAUGAUGUUUUGACAGCAAAUUUAUAUCAUAUUGUUUUAUUCAAACAAUUAUAAAUGAGACAAUUACCGUAUACAGUAUAUGUGUAAUUUGUACUACUUAUAUAUAUUUGAUGAAUUUACAUUACAUCUGUCAAACAGUUGUAAUUGGUGUGUGAAAUUUUAUUUCAAUUAACGGUUCAUGUAUAUGUACAUAUAUAUACAUAUAUUGCAAUGAUAUUACAAAACAUUUUUUUUAAACAUAGUUUUGUUUUUUGGAUUGUUUUAAGUUGAAUGUUGUUUAUUUUUAUUUCAUUUUUGAUGUCCUUAUUCCCCCUAGUCUAUGUCUCUCCUAUAUGUCUUUCCUACAUUGAACCAUGGUAUUUUUUAAAACCAAUUAUCAUUGUUUCAUAUAUUUUUAACAAUUUGUCCAUGUUUUUUUUUACAGUACAUUUUUUUAAAAUUUACAUCAAAUUUGUUGUUGUUUUUAUUUCAAAACAUGUGUUGAAAUAAAUGAUAUGAAUUGUAACACGU